CGGCUCGCUUCCCUUCUCCCUCACUGUAUCGCCCCGCCCCCCCGGCUCCACACACUGCAUUCUCCCCCUCCCCGGCUCUACACGCUGCCCCCGUCCCGGCCCGCCCCGCGUUGCCCGCUGCCCCGGGCCGGGCACGGCCCCCACGCCCGGCUCCCGGUGCCGCUCGGGAAGAUGGCGCGGCACGUCCAGAGUUUGGCAGAGCUAGAAGUACUAUGUAACCAGCUCUAUGAGGGGACUGAUCUAGCACAGCGGAUACAAGCAGAGAAGGUGCUCUUGGAGCUUAUUGACAGCCCUGAAUGUCUCAGCCAGUGUCAACUUUUACUAGAACAAGGAACAACAUCCUAUGCUCAGCUUCUAGCAGCAACAUGUCUUUCCAAACUUGUAAGCAGAACAACUCCUUUACCCAUCGAACAAAGGAUUGACAUCAGGAAUUACAUUCUGAACUACGUAGCCUCUCAACCCAAACUGGCUCCUUUUGUCAUCCAGGCUCUUGUUCAGGUCAUCGCUAAGAUUACAAAAUUAGGAUGGUUUGAGGUUCAAAAAGAUCAGCUCAUCUUCAGAGACAUUAUUGCUGAUGUAAAAAAAUUUUUACAGGCAACUGUGGACCAUUAUAUCAUAGGAGUGAUGAUUCUUUCAGAACUGACUCAGGAAAUGAACCUAGUUGAUUAUUCAAGACCUUCAGCGAAACAUCGUAAAAUAGCUACCUCAUUCCGUGACACAUCUUUAAAGGAUAUUUUGAUGCUGGCAUGCUCUCUUCUAAAGGAGGUAUUGGCAAAACCUUUAAACCUUCAGGAUCAACAACAACAAAGUUUAGCAAUGCAUCUCUUGAAACUUGUCCUCAACUGUCUUAACUUUGACUUCAUUGGCAAUUCAGCAGAUGAGUCCGCAGAUGAUCUAUGCACUGUACAAAUCCCAACAAACUGGAGAACAAUCUUCUUAGAACCAGAGACCUUGGACCUGUUUUUUGAUUUGUAUCAUUCCCUUCCGCCAGUGCUGUCGCAGUUGGCACUUUCCUGUUUGGUUCAGUUUGCUUCUACAAGAAGAUCUUUAUUUAGCAAUCCAGAACGCGCCAAGUAUCUUGGGAAUCUAAUCAAAGGAGUGAAAAGAAUCCUUGAAAAUCCUCAGGGUUUAUCUGAUCCAGGUAAUUACCAUGAGUUCUGUCGUUUUUUGGCUCGACUAAAGACAAACUACCAAUUGGGAGAACUAGUAAUGGUGAAGGAUUACUCAGAGGUUAUCAGAUUGAUAGCCAAUUUCACUAUUACUAGCUUACAGCACUGGGAGUUUGCUCCAAACAGUGUUCACUAUCUGCUAACUCUGUGGCAGAGAAUGGUAGCAUCGGUACCUUUUGUGAAAUCAACAGAACCACACCUUUUAGAUACAUAUGCACCAGAGAUCACAAAAGCGUAUAUUACUUCUAGACUGGAAUCUGUUCCUGUAGUUAUAAGAGAUGGUUUGGAAGAUCCUCUGGAUGAUACAGCUACUGUAUUUCAGCAGCUGGAGCAACUCUGCACAGUCAGCAGGUGUGAAUAUGAAAAGACCUGUGCACUUCUUGUACAGUUGUUUGACCAAAAUGCACAAAACUACCAAAAGCUAUUGCAUUCUUCUAGUAGGAAUCCACUAGAAAUCACAGUCCAAGAAGGACGUCUGGCGUGGCUGGUAUAUCUUGUUGGUACUGUUGUAGGAGGAAGAUUAACUUACACCAGUACAGAUGAACAUGAUGCCAUGGAUGGAGAAUUAUCCUGUCGAGUUUUUCAGCUGAUAUCCUUGAUGGAUGCCCAGUUACCACGGUCUAGUAAUGAAAAAGUAGAACUCGCGAUUCUCUGGUUUUUGGAUCAAUUCCGUAAAACAUAUGUGGGGGACCAGCUGCAGCGAACAUCAAAGGUGUAUGCCCGAAUGUCAGAAGUCUUAGGAAUAACAGAUGACAACCAUGUUCUAGAAACAUUUAUGGCAAAAAUUGUUACAAACCUUAAAUGCUGGGGAAGAUGCGAGCCUGUGAUUUCAAGAACUCUUCAGUUUCUAAAUGAUCUUUCUGUUGGUUAUAUUCUCUUAAAAAAACUUGUGAAAAUAGAUGCUGUGAAGUUCAUGCUUCAGAAUCACACAAGUAAACACUUUCCUUUUUUGGGGGUGAAUGAUAAUUACAGUCUCAGUGACCUUAGAUGCCGAACAACUUUCUACACUGCUCUCACUCGCCUCCUCAUGGUAGAUUUAGGUGAAGAUGAGGAUGAGUUUGAGAAUUUCAUGCUACCCCUUACAGUUUCAUUUGAAACUGUAACUCAGAUAUUCAACAAUAGUUUUAAACAAGAAGAGGCAAAGCGUAUGUUGAUCGGGCUGGCAAGAGAUCUUCGAGGGAUUGCCUUUGCGCUGAACACAAAGACCAGCUACACUAUGCUGUUUGACUGGAUAUACACAUCAUACCUUCCCAUUCUACAAAGAGCUAUUGAGCUGUGGUAUCGUGAAGCAGCAUGUACAACUCCUAUCUUGAAGCUUAUGGCAGAGCUCCUGCAAAACAGGUCACAGCGUUUAAAUUUUGAUGUAUCAUCUCCUAAUGGAAUUCUUCUCUUCAGAGAAGCUAGUAAAAUGAUUUGCACUUACGGUAAUCAGAUCCUGUCUCUUGGGACUCUGUCAAAAGAUCAGGUUUAUCCACUGAAACUCAAGGGCAUUUCCAUCUGCUAUUCUGCACUCAAAUCUGCCUUAUGUGGAAAUUAUGUCAGCUUUGGCGUCUUCAAGUUGUAUGGGGACAACCACUUUGACAAUGUACUCCAGGCCUUUGUCAAAAUGCUGCUUUCAGUAUCCCACAGUGACUUGCUUCAAUAUCGAAAACUAAGUCAGUCUUAUUACCCACUCUUGGAAUGUCUCACCCAGGAUCAUAUGAGUUUCAUUACCAGUUUAGAACCUCAUGUGCUAAUGUAUAUUCUUACCUCAAUAUCUGAAGGACUUACUGCACUAGAUACAAUUGUCUCCUCCAGCUGUUGUGCUAGUUUAGACUACGUUGUUACCUCCCUCUUCAAGCACAUAGCAAAAGAAGGCAAGAAACCAGUAAGAUGUAGAGAAAUAUCACAGGAUGGACAAAGAUUACUGCACUUCAUGCAACAGAACCCUGAAGUCCUACAGCAGAUGAUGUCGAUUCUGAUGAACACCAUCAUUUUUGAGGAUUGCAGAAACCAGUGGUCUGUGUCCAGACCACUGCUAGGGCUUAUACUUCUCAAUGAGAAGUACUUCAGUGAAUUAAGGGCAAGCUUGAUAACCAGCCAGCCUGACAACAAACGAGAGGUCCUUGACCAGUGCUUUAGGAACCUAAUGGAAGGAGUGGAACAAAACCUUUUGGUAAAGAACAGAGACAGAUUCACCCAGAACAUGUCGGUCUUUCGAAGAGACAUGGCUGAUGCCCUGCGCUGUGAAGGGGCUACGGAAGCAAGCAGUUUAGAUAUGAUGAGUUGACGCUGACUUUGGAAACCAGAGCAUUGACUAACAACAUAUAGACUUUGAAAGUUUUGGACCUCACCAUAUUGUUAGAUAGGAGUUGAAAACUAUUUUUUUAAAUAACUUCUGCCUUUUUAUAUCUCUGGCCUAAACAUAAGAAUUUAUAACAGUGAAAAUGAUGUAAAAUCAGUCUUAGCUUAAAAAACAUUUUCAAACUUUCUUAUCAAAAUUUAUUAUCCCUGUUCUUAGACAUGUAUGAAAUGGUGUAGAAACAAUAUUUAACCAAAGAACAAAAUAAACACGCAUUGCUUCUAAAUGUGUACUAGUUAAUGAUUCUUAGUUCCACCCAUAGCAAUAAAUAAUGUUUCUGACCGCUUUCACUGAGGUCACUUCUGAUUGAAACUUUGAGACAAAGAUUGGUAUAAAUUCUAUAUGAACUCUCUUGAAUUAAUAAAAAUGAUUAUUUU